AUGGCGGAGAAGAGGACUUCGGACAACGUCGUUAUGCCGGACAUUACCGAAGUAUCCGAACCCGAUCCGCUGGCGACGGAGACCGAGCACGAUUCCGAUCGCACAGAUGGCCGUGCCGCCUUGGCUAGCGAAAUAAAGAGCGCGCGACUUUCUAGUGAUUCAAAUGGUGUGAUUACAGUACCGGUAUCGUUGCCAGUAGGCACACUCAUAACGGGCACUACAUUUAACGUAAUUACCUCCGACCAGCUACCACACUUUAAACCUAUGAUAUGUGUAGACAACGGAUUUAUAUCGGGUGGACCAGUUACGGAGGACAUAAAAGCCACGCAUAUAGUCAUACAAAAUCCGUCCUCACCGCCUGCCCGGGAACAACCUCACUCUGAUGCCAGUUCAAGUUCCACACCGUCAACACGCACUUCUAGUGCACGAUCAUGGACGGAAACAGCAAACAUGCCUGUUCUACCGGUUAGGUGUAAAAAUACUUCAGCUGAGCUUCACAAACAAAGGUUUGGAUCUGGGGGUCGCGGCCGAUGUAUCAAAUAUGGUUUGGAAUGGUAUACGCCGAGUGAAUUUGAAGCUUUGUGUGGUCGCGCAUCCAGCAAAGAUUGGAAAAGGUCCAUUAGGUUUGGUGGUAGAAGCAUACAAGCUUUAAUUGAUGAAGGUAUCUUGACACCUCAUGCUACUAGUUGUACAUGUGGAGCCUGUUGUGAUGAUCAGUCAGCAAUGGGCCCCAUUCGUCUUUUUACACCAUACAAAAGAAGAAGACGAGCGAUUCAAGAAAGUGAUGAAAAGAAAAAUAAGAUAAAACGUGAAAGCAUCCUUGUCGAGAAUGAUGUAGAUAAUAUUCACCAAACAAGCAAUAACAGUCAUUCUAAAGAAGCUUGGCAGUCUAUUGCUGAAGGCCUGGAGACUAAUGCAGAUUAUCAGCUCUUAGAAAAUUCUGAUACCAAGCCUGAGUCUGCCUUAGGUGCAGACAAAAAUUUACUGGCAAGAAAUGACCUGCUUCGCGAUUGUCCACCUGCUAGCCAAUCAAUGCGAACAGGAUUACGUACAGUGAGAUCUAAAAGGUUCACAACAUCAAUGAAAGACGAUGGUCCAUCCAAUAUUACCCUUGGCCCCCCUGAUAUGAGUGCCGUGUUAAAGCGCUUAGAGGACAUUGGUCAAACACUUGUAAGAGUUGCUGGCGAAUUGAAGCAGUGCGUGGAAGACGUUAGAGUAAUUAGCAAUAGACAACAGGAAAGGUUAGAGCAGGACAGGCAAUCUGCCUUGCUAGCCGCUACUGUGGAGACCCAAGGCGACCCAGAACAAGUGUCCCUGCAUAAUGUAGAAGAUACCGAAGCCAAAAAGAAUGUGGUCAUGUUAGCAAUGGUAGCAGCCCUGCGCGAAUUGCAACCGGGAGGCGUCAGCGGAAUGUUCUUUGUGUCGUCGCACGCCGUAUUGUUCAACAUAUUGCCAGAAGAAAGACUGGACUUCACAUCAAUUGGAAUGCCUCAGAUCUGUGCCUGCAAUAAACUC